AUGAGCGAAACAAAAUCAAAGGAGAGUUAAUAACAAUAGAAUUUGAUAAUUAUAGGAGGACAAUAUGCUUUGAAAAGUUGCAUCUAUCGGGGAGGGACUCAUAAUUUGUAUUUGGCGGUGAACAAAUAGAAUCCAGGGAUUUACUUCGUCGUGCGAUUAGUAAUGUAAUUAAGAGCUAACACAAACAUAGAUAGCAUCUAAGAGGAGGAGAAACUGCUGAAGAAAUUGAAUGUUGGUAUAAAAAUGACAUUCAUGCCAAACGUAUUGGCUUCUGGGGAUGUGCGUCUUCACAAUAUAAACUACUAUUAUUAAGUAUUUGACAAAUAUGGACCAAGUUUGAAAUUGUGCUUCUAAUUUGCAAAUAAGAACCUUACUUUGGGGACAAUCUGUAUGAUAGGAAUAUAGAUGUUAAAUAUAUUGGAGAAGAUGCACGGUUAGUUCAUAGUACAUCGUAAUUUGAGGCCUAAGAAAAUAUUGACAGUACCAGGCAAAAAUGAAUUUGUCUUGAUCGACUUUUAACAAUGCGUUAAAUUCAAACACAAGAACGGAAAAUACAUAGGUCUGGGAUCAAAGUUCUCUAAUUAAACUAAGUUAACCAAAUUUUCAAGUUUAAAUUAGCAUUUGGGAUUGACUGCCUCUCCAAAGGAUGACUUGGAAUCCUUAGGGUUUAUACUAAUGUAUUUUUUAAGGAAUGGAGACAUGUUUCGAGUCAAAGAGACCGGAUCUAAAAGUAAGCAAAUGGAAGAAUAAAAGUUGCGAAUGAUUCCAGAAAAAUUUUGUAAAGAUAUGCCUAUAGAAUUCCUUCAAUACUUCCAAUUUGUGAGAUUGACAAAUGUACAACAAUAUCCAUUGAGUGAUUAUGAGUUCUUGAAGAAGUUAUUCAGAAACAUAUUCCAACAACUCAAUAUAAAUGAGAAGGAGUUCUAAUAUGAUUGGGUAUAGUCAUUUGGUAAUUGUUAGUUGAAGAAGAUGAAUCUGUAAUCCUAAAAUCAACAAUAACCAAAGGAAGAUGGAUAAACCAAGAUAGUGAUCCAUGAUCCAUCAAACUUAGAAGGAAUCCAAGAGGUUCAAACAGAAUUGGAAAAGUCUUCAUUCAAAAGAGAUUAUUAUCGUAAAUCAUCAUCAUUAUGCAUAAAUGAUGAAGAUGAUAAACAAUUUGAGAGUGUAAGUAACAAAAUGUUACAACUCCCAAAUCUGUAUGAUGUGAUUAAACUAAAGCAUUGA